AUGAACAAAAAAAUUCAGGACCCGUAUACGGAUGUGGUGGAGCUUUGCGCUUUACUCCAAUGCCUGGGGUUCUCCGUCAAAUCACUAGACACGAGCGACACCAAUGCAAGUCAAGAAGGAGGUGUCAGAACCGUGGUUAUCAACUGCCAGGCCUCGGGCCUUCAUGUGGUGAUGGAAAGCCAUAACGUCUCUUGCUCCUGUCCGGCGACCAGCCAGCAACAGAACAGCGGAUUUUGGCAGGUCUCCGGAAUUACCGGCGGGAAACACUUUGACAAGGAGAGUGGCAGUGCGCUCCUCGGCUAUCUACCGAAGGCUUACCGCGAACGCUUGACGAAGGAGCUCCUGGAAAUAGUGCGUUGCAUAAAAGAGAACAACGAGUCCGACUUAGAGAAGCCUAAGGAACGCGAAUCGCUCGCGAACAAAUCAGCAAGCAUGUUAGAGUUGAAAACACCGGAAAAACGCCUAUUCCAAUUGCCGCCCGGAACACCAACUAGAUAUCGUUCCCUUGACACUCUGACAACGGCUAAAGAGACAACCGAUCAGAAUCUGCCAGCACCUGGACCGCUGCAGAAACAUCUCGCCAAUGACAAAUCGAUGGAUCUUAUGUGCCAGAGGCAGAGUACGUACACGCUGUCGUCGACUCCAGACAGCAUAAGACGUCGCAAUAAGACCUCAAGCCCAAUUCAAGGAUCCGAAAAUAAAAUAUUGGAGAGUCUAUUAGCUGCUGAGAAAGCAGCCGAGGAUCUACGAAACAAACUUGCAAUUAUAGUAAGAGAGUAUAACGAUGAUAGAAAACACGAUUCUUCCAUGUCUUCAUUAGUUUUGGAUGUGUCCAAGAUAUCAGUUUUGAAGGGUGCCGAAUCAUCAAAAGCACAGUUCGCCUCGAGUCCAAACCUAUCGGCAUUGGGAAGCGGCACUGAUGACUAUUCCAGAUCUAGACUUAAGCGUACAGAGAGUGCCUCCACUUCGAACCUGGCCAAUAAGCAAGGAUCGAAAGAGGGGAAGGUGUCGUCUAAGCUUCGACGAAUCUCGCCAAACAUUUUCAAAUUUAAAAAAGAGAGCCCCAGCGUUUAUAAGGUAGAUAAAGCGACGGCGCAUGAGAACAAAAGUAGCAAAUUAAACACUUUAUUCAAACCGAAAAUUGCAACGCCCGUCCGCGUUCCAAAGGUGAACCUUGAGCCCAGUCCGAACCUCAGCAACUCCAGGAAGAAGUUCAGCCACGUCAAAUCCACUAUACCAAGGCCAUCCUCUAAAAAGGAA